AUGGAAAAUGCCAGAGAGAUAUUGCAGGAGGAUGGUUUCCAAAAGUCAGAACUGGAGAAGAGAGAAACUAUCAAAAGGACUAUCCCCAAAAGAAUAAUCCACUUUGCAAAUGGAGACACUAUGGAAGAAUAUAGCACAGAAGAAGAAGAUGAGAAAGAAGAAUUAAAGAAUACUCCAGAACUUGCUACUCCUAAACUGCAAUGGGGGGCAUACAUGCGACUUUGGACAGUACGAAUGGCAAGUGCUACAUUUUCCACAUGUGACUUCCUAGGUGGAAAGUUAGCCACCUUCUUUGGACUUGAUGAACCCAAAUAUCAGUAUCUGUUAAAUGAAUACUACAGAACCCAAAGUCAGGAGAAUGAUGAGCAAGCUGAAGAAGAUGGCUUAAAGGCCCAGUCAGUGGAGGUCUCUAAUGAAAAGCAGUGCUUGGAUAUCUCUGGAAAACAGUAUGGCACCAAUGAACAGAAGACCAUGGUGGACUUGACUUCCUACAGAACCUUAACAAAUGUGGGAAAAGUGGCAGAAUCCAGUCCGUGA